AUGGACCCAGAGAAUGAAGUUGUAAAAUUUUUGUUAUGUGUGGGGCAGAAAAUUAACAAAAGUGCCGAAGAUAUAAAGCCAUUUAUUAAAAUAAUUGUAGAAGACAACUGGCUUGACUCCUUGGAAAUUUUGAAGAACUUGGGUGAUGAUGAAUGGAAUAAGUUAAAAAUACCCAUGCGAUUAGUUGAUGAAAUUAAAAGAGAAUUAAGAAUUAGCAAAGAAUGGGAUAAAAGUGUAGAAAAUUGUGACAAAACCAUGCCAAAUCAUGGAAACAAAAAUAUAUCAAGUGAGAAGAAGUCUCCAACGGGGUUAGGAGUAUCCGACGCCGAAGCGUCAAAUUUAAAUAAUCUCAACAAUUUAAAUAAUCUGAACAAUUUAAAUAAUUUGCAUAAAAGAUUGAAGAAAGGCAUAAAGGACGAAAUGGGGAGUAACCGACGUUUAAAUAGAGAAAAUAGCGAAAGGAAUGACCAAAACAAUAAUGAAAUUAGCAGCUCUAUGUACACCAAUUCAAGUGAGAAAAAUAAUUCUUCAGACAUGCGACAUGAUAAAUGUGUAGAAAAAAGGAAAGGUGCUAAUAUGAAAGCAUUAGAAAAUGUGGAAAGAGUAAAAAAUUCAUUUAUAAAAUAUAAUAAAGAGAAAUUAGAAGAAAUGAUUGAAAACAAUGUUCAAGAAAUUCCAAAAGAAGAGAUUUUUUAUUUAUCCUAUGAUGAUGAAAAUUAUAAUUAUCUUAGUUAUUCGGAGGAAAAAAUGAAUACAAUUAAAUGCAUUAAUGAAACUGAAAAAUUAAAAAAAAUUGAGAUAGAUGAGUUAAAAAAUAUAAUUCCUAUUCUAUGUAAAAUUGUAAAAAAUAUUUUAAUAAACCCAAAUAUCAUAAAUACAAGAAUUUUGAAAUCAACUAAUGAUAUUAUGAAAAAUAAAAUAUUGAAAUAUAAGGAAGCAAAACAUUUUUUACUUGCCAUAGGUUUUGUUGAAAUAUACAUAUUUUACGUAAUGGAAAAAGUGGACACUUUAUUAUUAUUAUGCAUAUAUGAGACUUUGCAAAGCAUUUCCAAAGACUUUAUAAAAAUUGAUACCUCUCCCCAAACCUCUUUUGAUCCCUUUAAAUCUAGUAUAGUCUGUGUGGACACGUUAAAAAAAGGGAAAUUAAAAUGUGAUGAACAAAUAGACAAAUUGUUACAAGAAAAAAAGGAGCAAGUAGAAAAAUGUAUGAACCAGUUAGUUGAUUUGAAUCCUAAAAUAUAUCUAUUUCGGCCGAACGCAGUUGCAGAAUCCCCUGGGAAAACAAAUAAUGGAAUGGAUGCUUCUAUAUGUAGAAGCUAUAGUUCAUCGGACUCGGACAGGGAUGAACAUGCACAAGACUUAGCACAUCUUAUACCGAAUAUUAAAAAUUUGUAUAAAGAACAAACAUUCAAAUCGAAGACCAAGCUAGAAUUAGAGAAAAUAUCCACUAGAAAGGUUUAUUCAAAAUCAGUUUUAAAAAUAUUGUUCCCUGAUAUGUAUGUUCUUGAAAUGUCUUUUUCAGCUGGGACUAUAAUAAGCGAAGUGAAUGAAAAUGUAAAAAAGUUCCUUAACCAAUCAGUUGCUCCCAGGAGAUGGUUCAUUUAUGAAACUCCAGGAAUACGAAAAUUUGACCCGCAAAAAAGGCUUUUUGAUUACAACUUGAUCCCGUCUGCCCUUUUGAGAUUUAAAAUAGAUGAUAAGGAUGAUAGUUCAACUUAUACUUCUUUUAUAUCUGAAGAUGCUAUUGCAAAAUAUUUUGUUGAAUCGUGA